ACUUUGUUUACCUGUGCGUUAUUGGGAAUUGUCAACAACCACAUGGCUGUAUUAUUAGUACAUGUUCUACUCUUGCUCCUAUAGGCCUGAGCUCUGAGACUGGUGCUCUGAAUCUAAUGAGAGAAUGGCUGCAAUCAAUGAAGAUGCUGAGGAUAUGUUUAAGAUCUUAAUUGCCACUGACAACCACGUGGGCUAUAUGGAGAAGGAUCCAGUCAGAUGCAAUGACUCACUCGAGUCUUUUGAGGAGAUUCUUAAAGUGGCAAAAGAUCAGGAAGUUGAUUUCAUAUUGCUCGGAGGAGACUUGUUCCAUGACAACAAGCCCUCAAGGCAGGUACUACACAGGAUGCUGGAGCUCCUGAGGCACUACUGCAUGGGCAGUCGACCUUGCCCCAUAGAGUUCAGGAGCGACCCAGCCAUUAACUUUCAACAUUCUAAAUUUCCAGUCGUGAACUAUGAAGACCCAAACUACAAUGUCUCAAUGCCCAUCUUUAUCAUCCAUGGAAACCACGACGAUCCAACAGGACAAGGCAACCUUAGUGCCAUGGAUCUACUCAGUGUCUCCAACCUGGUCAACUACUUUGGGAAGCCUGAAGACAUUGAGAACAUAGAGGUCUCUCCUCUACUCCUACAGAAGGGCUCUGCCAGACUAGCUCUAUUCGGACUGGGCAGUUGCAGAGACGAGAGGCUACACAGACUAUUCAGAAAAGGAAAAGUCAAGUUUCAACGGCCAAAGGAGGAAGAAGGAGAAUGGUUCAAUAUGCUUGUACUGCACCAGAACAGGGCAAAGCAUGGAGAAACCAACUACAUCCCUGCCAGCUUCAUCCCCGGGUUCUUUGACCUUGUGAUGUGGGGCCACGAGCACGAGUGUCUGAUAGACCCUGAGUUUGUUGCUACUGGAGACGUAGACGAGGAAGGAGAGGACAGAGGAGUGUUUGUGUCCCAACCUGGGUCUUCUGUCGCCACCUCUCUCAGUGACGGAGAGCAAAAACCUAAGCAUAUUGGAAUCAUGCACAUUAAGAGUGAUUGCACGUUCAAGAUUGACCCCAUAAGGCUGCAAACAAUACGACCGUUUAUAAUAGAAUCUACAAGGUUGCAAGGCAGUGGAAUUCAUGUCAGUGAUGAAGAGGGAGUGUACGCCUUCUUAACAAAUAAAGUGAAAGCUCUGAUUGAAAAAGUAAAAGAAGAAAAUCCAAGCACAGACAAGAUACCACUUGUGAGAUUAAAGGUUGACUACAGUGGUGGCUACAGUUCUUUCAGUCUCGCAAGAUUUGGGCAGCAGUUUCACGGAGUAGUUGCAAAUCCACAGAGCAUCUUGAAUUGGUUCAGGCAACGGCAAGCUACUGGGAAAUCAUCUAACAAAAAAGCCACAGAACAAGACUUUUGUUAUGACCUGGAGCGUAUUGAGAAUGCUGAGCUUCAUGUAGCCAAGCUAAUCAAUGAGGAGCUUAAGAAAGAGAGCUUGGACAUUAUCUCUGAGAAGACCCUGGCUGAUGCCCUCGAGCAGUUUGUGGACAAGGAGGAGAAUGAUGCACUCUCAGACUGUGCAAAGUUCUGUCUUGCAGAAUCACAAACACAUCUAAAAACCAUCCCAGUAUCGAGCAAGGACAUAUCAGAAAUUAUUCACGAGAAAAGAGAUGAGCUGCAUAAGGUGCAGGAAACUAAAGGCAUGGAAGCAAUGCGCCACAGCCAAAGUUUGAAGAAGGAUUCAUUUGCUGAUGAAAGCCGCACCUUCUCUGAUGACGAUGACUCGGACACACCCAGACCAAAGCCUACCAGGGGACGUGGUGGCAGAGGUCGAGGAACUAAAACAUCCACCACCUCGACAAGAGGGAGAGGAGCAAAGAGGGGACGGGGGUCUAAGACUGCACCUCCUUCCUCCCCAGCUCUUGCGUUCAGGUCUGAAGGUGCCCCUACUACCACCAGAAGCCGUGGUAAGAGAGGAGCUCUCAGCUACCUGGAUGAUGAUGAUGACACUGAGGACAGCCUGGUCUCAAAGCAACCUGCUGCCAAGAAACCUCGAAGCACCAGCUCCUUUGGUAGAAGUUCUACGGCUAAACGAGGACGUUCAGUCAAAAAGGACUCACCGAUCGAUCUAACUCAGUCGGGGGAAGACAGUGAAGAUGACAAUCCGUUUGAAUCAAUAGGAAAGAAAAAGUCGAGGAAAUAUAACUGAGCAUAACAUUAUAUCUCUUGCCUAUUUUAUGUGCACAAUUAUAUAAUAAUUUAUGCUGUGCUGUGACUUUUUAUUGAAUUUGUUGUGGG